AGGCAUGAACUUCAGCAGACAGCGUGAAGGGAGAAAAAAAAGCUCCUUUGACGUCAGCCACGUUAGAUUUCAGUAAUCCAAGAUGGCGGAGGUGAGCGGGUUGCUGAGCAGAAAUCACUUCGAGCCCAACUGCAAAAGCCGAGUCGUUGACGAAGGCUUGAGUGGUGUGGAAGAUGUCCCCAUUUUUCGGGGUGGGAAGAGGCCUCCUUUAGCCCGGCCCGAAGGCCUGGAGGAUGAAUUGCUCCCCAGGACCGCAGUCUCAAACUCGGGCAAAAAUGCCAGCCUCACCUCCUCACCAGAUGAGCAGACUCAGGAAGAAGAGGCUGUGAAGGAGGAAAAGAAGGCCAGGCCCAUCCAGAUCGUCGUGGCCAAUGAGGAUGAGCACAGCUUUGAGCUGGACACUGCAGCGCUAGAGAAGAUCCUGCUGCAGGAUCACGUGAAGGAUCUGAACGUGGUGGUCGUGUCCGUGGCCGGGGCCUUCCGCAAGGGCAAGUCCUUCCUGCUGGACUUCAUGCUGCGCUACAUGCACAGUCCGGGUGAGUCGUGGAUUGGAGGUGAUGAUGAGCCCCUCAAAGGGUUCACUUGGAGAGGAGGCUGUGAGAGGGAGACCACAGGAAUUCAGAUCUGGAGCGAAGUCUUUGUGGUCGACAAGCCUGAUAAAAGCAAGGUUGCUGUGCUCCUCGUUGACACUCAGGGAGCAUUUGACAGCCAGUCCACCAUAAAGGACUGUGCUACUGUGUUCGCCCUCAGCACAAUGACCAGCUCUGUGCAGGUGUACAACCUCUCCCAGAACAUACAGGAGGACGACCUGCAGCAUCUACAGCUCUUCACAGAAUAUGGCCGGCUGGCAAUGGAAGAGAUCUACCAGAAACCUUUCCAGACCCUGAUGUUCCUGAUCCGGGACUGGUGUUAUCCUUAUGAACACAACUACGGACUGGAAGGAGGCAACAGCUUCCUGGAUAAAAGACUACAAGUGAAACCGAACCAACAUGAAGAGCUGCAGAAUGUGAGGAAGCACAUCCACUCCUGCUUCUCCAACAUCGGCUGCUUCCUGCUGCCACAUCCGGGCCUCAAGGUGGCCACCAACCCGUACUUUGACGGCAGGCUAAAAGACAUCAAUGGUGAUUUUAAGAGCUCGCUGUCCAAGCUGGUGCCUCUCCUGCUCGCCCCAGACCGACUGGUGGAGAAGGAGAUCGGAGGCAACAAAGUCACCUGCAGAGAUCUCCUGGAGUACUUCAAGGCUUACAUAAAGAUCUACCAAGGGGAGGAACUGCCUCACCCAAAGUCCAUGCUGCAGGCGACAGCAGAAGCCAACAACUUGACUGCUGUGGCAGGAGCCAAAGACAUGUACGCCAAGAACAUGGAGCUGGUCUGUGGCGGGGAAAAGCCAUACCUCGCCCCGGCCGACCUGGAGCGCUUCCACGAGGAGUUUCUCGAGCACUCGGUGCAUUACUUUCGCUCCGUGAAGAAAAUGGGCGGCGAGGAGUUCUGCCAGCGCUACCAGAGCCAGCUGGAGGUUGAGCUGGACGAGGCCUUCUCCAACUUCACCAAGCACAACGACGGCAAAAACAUCUUCUACACGGCGCGCACACCCGCCACGCUUUUCGCAGUCAUGUUUGUCACGUACGUGGUGUCCGGAGUGACGGGCUUCAUCGGCCUGAGCACCUUAGCGGCGCUGGCUAACCUGGUCAUGGGCGUGGCGCUGAUGUCGCUCUGCGCCUGGGCCUAUGUGAAGUAUUCUGGAGAGUUUCGGGAGGUGGGAACGCUGAUAGAUCUGGUGGCUGAGACACUCUGGGAACAGGUUUUGAAGCCACUAAGUGAACAAUAUAUGGAAGACAACGUCAGACAGACGGUGGUUAACUCUAUCAAAGCCAGCUUGACAGAAAAGGGCUCGCAGCACACCAAGUUAAAGACUCACUGACGCUCUUCCUCCUCCUCUCCCCGUCAUGUUCCUCGCCCUCCUGCCCACUCGCUCAAUGUGUUCAAUCCUAGAACUGUGGAACUAGUUCAACACCAAAGCUGACCCUCUUUUAGCCCAAACCCCCCCCCCUCCUCGCUGUCUGCCCUGCUCUUCAUCGCCCCCCAGUGCCUCAGAGCAGAAACUGCACGUUCAUGAGAGGACCGAGCAGAGAAGUCGGCGGCGUCUCCUCUUGCCAAAACAGGAAGUGGUCUUCUCCAGUGUGCCAUGCUGUGAUGGCUGCGUCUUGUCUUGUAGGCUCUCACACACACACACACACACACACACACACUUGCUGGUAGCGGACUGCACUCGCUUCAGGAUUGAGCUGUAAUUCAGGGAACACUGACAACGCCGUGGGCAGCUGUUAUCAACAAUGGAUGCAAACUGAAACACUUUUCUGUGCAUUUAAUGGUUUUGUCUUACAGGCGCAGUUUACUUUCUCUUCAGCCCGUUAACGUUUCUACAAGCACAAGAGACUAAUCGACUAAUAAUGAGGUGAUGUCGUGAUUUAUUUUUUUUAAGUUUCAGUAAAAUCAGGAACAGAUUUGAUUCUGCUGAAGUGAAAGUAAACUGAAAACCCUGUCGGGGACAAGUUGGAGAGGCUUUUUUAACUGUCAAGUCUGUCUUGGUAAAUGUAUCUGUCGUCUCCAUAAAGCUGAACUCAACAGAUGAGUGCUCUUCUGACAUGCUACUAGUUCACCUGCCUGCCUCUGUUCAUUGCUCACACUACGUUUGGACGAUGCGUUAACCAGGAAAUAUUAAACUCUGGGCUCAGGUUGCUUCUAGACGUCUUUCUGUCUUUCCCUUUAAUAUUUUGUGAUUGUAAUCCUGAAGAGAACUGUAGGAAGCUCCGAGCCUCUCAGCUGAUUUUUGACGUGUUUUUAAUGUAGGACUGACGUGUUUUAUCUGGCCUUUAGUGUCUGGUAGCAGACCUGCCGGUGUUUGGCCCUCUGCAGGGUGUUAAGAGCUACUGUGUUGUAGCAUUAAGCUAGCUAAGAGCUUUUAGGUAGCCAGGUAGGACUGUCACGUUGAACCAUUUUCUCUUCCACCGCCUUUCAUGAAAGCUGCACUAGCCCUGGAUGUUUCCACCUCAAUUAUUAUUAUAUUAUUAUUUUUGGGAGCCGCCUUUUACUUUUGGGUAGUUGGAGAUGUACGUCUUUGUUUAGCUCAAACUUUGAAGACAACUUUUUAAAGGAAUAGUUUGAUAUUUGGGAAGAAAUGCUUUCUUGAGUUGGAUGAUAAGAUUUUUACCACUUUAUAAUCUGAAGGAUGAACAUAAAGCUGCACACAGCGGCUGAGACGCUUAGCUUAGCAUAGCUUAGCUUAGCAUAAAGACUCGAGGCAGGGGGAAACGUGUAAAAAAGUUAACAAAUCUGCACAUCUAAGGCUCAAUAAUUAACGUUACAUCUUGUUGUUUAAUACUUAUACACUAAUAUAUAUAGUAUACAAACAGUAAUGAAACGUUAAGUGAGCUUUACACGGGCUGUUACCAGUCUUUAUGCUAAGCUACUUAACUGCAGCUUCAUAUUUAAUCUUCUCCUCUAACUCUUUAAGUGAAUCUCCCAAAUAUUUGUAACUAUUUCUUAAAAUAACGAGAAUCGACUGCCUUUCUGUCCCACUUCCUCUCGAGCCGGAUGAAUCUAAAUCAGGACACUUUCAGGAGCGUGUUAUGAAAUAGACCUGAACAGCUGCGUCGCUUCUUUCUCGUUGAUUCCGUCCACAUUAUGUCUCACCUCAAGCACCGUCUUUCUCUGUGUUCACAUAUUACGAAUUGGGCAUGUAUGUUGGAUUAAAUAUUUAAAUAAACUUUGUAUACAUUUUAUAGUGAGUCAGUUGACGAUGGCUGUUUUUUUUCUUGAUUAAUUUAACCGGUUUGUUUCAGAAUGAUAAGUUGCUGCUGUAGGUUUUACAUAGUUUAUCUCCUUUUCAUGAGGACUGCCGUUAAUAGAAACGUGUGAAUAUUUGGAUUCUGUUUUGAUUGUGACGAGUGGGUUGGAGACCGUCUGUCUUGCCUUUUAAAGAUAUCUCCGGUAAUUUAUUUUUGAAUAAAAUGUUUACCUUAAGAAUAAAUCAAUUCAAAUCUUU